AUGCACAGCCUAGUCGCUCUGCGCCUCUACCUGUGGGAGACAAUCGUAUUUUUCAGUUUGGCCGCGGCUAAGGAGGUGCAAGCUGCGAGGUCUGCCGCCAAACCCCCGUCCCCGUCAGACUUUCUGGACAAGCUGAUGGGCAGGACAUCGGGAUACGAUGCGAGGAUCAGACCGAAUUUCAAAGGUCCACCAGUCAAUGUCACAUGCAACAUAUUUAUCAACAGUUUUGGCUCAAUAGCAGAAACCACGAUGGAUUACCGGUUAAAUAUUUUCCUACGACAGCAAUGGAAUGAUCCACGACUGGCCUACAGCGAGUUUCCUGAUGACUCAUUAGAUCUGGAUCCAUCCAUGUUGGAUUCUAUUUGGAAACCAGAUUUGUUCUUUGCUAAUGAAAAAGGUGCUCAUUUUCAUGAAAUUACAACAGACAACAAACUGCUGCGAAUUUUUAAAAAUGGUAACGUCCUCUACAGUAUCAGGUUAACUCUGAGCCUUGCUUGUCCUAUGGAUUUAAAGAAUUUUCCAAUGGAUGUGCAAACAUGUAUAAUGCAACUUGAAAGCUUUGGAUACACUAUGAAUGAUCUGAUAUUUGAAUGGGAUGAAUCUGCUGCUGUGCAGGUAGCUGAUGGACUAACUUUGCCACAGUUUAUUCUUCAAGAGGAAAAGGACCUAAGAUACUGCACAAAGCACUACAACACAGGGAAAUUUACUUGUAUAGAGGCACGUUUCCACCUGGAGAGACAGAUGGGUUACUACUUAAUCCAGAUGUAUAUCCCUAGUCUCCUCAUUGUUAUCCUCUCCUGGGUCUCCUUCUGGAUUAACAUGGAUGCGGCUCCAGCACGUGUUGGUUUGGGAAUUACUACAGUGCUUACCAUGACUACACAGAGCUCAGGAUCCCGAGCAUCGCUACCGAAGGUGUCCUAUGUAAAAGCCAUUGACAUCUGGAUGGCUGUCUGCUUACUCUUUGUCUUCUCUGCACUAUUGGAAUAUGCAGCUGUUAACUUUGUAUCUCGUCAACAUAAAGAACUACUGAAAUUCCGCCGGCGAAGGCGUCUGCAUAAGGAGGAUGAGGUAGUAGAAGGGCGUUUCAGUUUCACUGCAUAUGGGAUGGGACCUGCUUGCCUACAAGCUAAGGAUGGAGUUGCCAUUAAGGGCAAUAAUAACACGUCAAAGUCAAAUUCGCCACCGGCCAAAACGUCAGAUGAGAUGAGGAAACUUUUCAUCCACCGAGCAAAAAAGAUUGACACGGUAUCGCGAGUGGUUUUCCCUCUUGUCUUCCUGAUUUUUAAUAUUUUCUACUGGGUGAUCUAUAAGAUCGUGAGGAGUGAAGAUAUCCACAAAGACUAG